AGCCAAAGAAUCUUUUAUUCACUUUAUUGAUCUACUCAGAAACACAAUCACCCAUGCUGUUCACUAGUCUUUCAAGAUCAAUUCGAUCUUUCAUUAGCCAGCCUCAACUGACCCAAUUAAGGAGGAUUCAAAUAGAUGUCAGCCAAGUGAAAAAAGGACAUGUUUUGAGUCUUCACAAGAAGCUUUGGGUGGUGCUUAAUUCGUCCCAUCAUCGUCAAGCUCGUGGUGGUGCACAUUAUAAUAUCGAAGUCAAAGAGCUGCUUACUGGAUCAAAGUCUUUUGAACGGUUCAAUUCAGGCAAUGUGGUUGAAGCUGCUAACUUGGAGAGAAGAACGUUUCAGUUUUUAUAUGCAGAUGAUACGCUUCAUCUAAUUGAUCCAGUAACGUUUGAAGAACACGAAUUCCCAUUCAAUAUUCUUUCCGUUGGCGAAAAAAUUGUUCCGUUUUUGCAAGAUUCAAUGGAAAUCAAGGUAGAAUACCAUGAAGAUAAACCGGUACUUAUCAAGAUACCUGAUCGAGCCAUAUUCACUAUAAAGGAAACAAACCCUGCGUCCCAUUCUGCUGCUGAUUCUAGUAAUGGAGUAGUGUUUAAAACAGCUGUUUUGGAAAACGGAGCUAGUAUUAGCAUUCCUGAUUUUGUCAAUGUUGGAGAUAAAGUGGUUGUCGUUCUCUCUGAUCAGUCAUAUCACUCACGGGUGCGGGAAUAG